UGGGAUCUUGUAUCUAAGUGGAUACUCGGAAAACAAAGAGAGCAGGGCUGUCUUGCUCACCUCUUCCCCCCAAACCUAAAAAUAGAGCCCACAAAAGAACGAAGAAAAUGAAGAAGUUUCGGAAGGUGUUGGACGGCUUGACAACCUCCUCUCCGGGAGCCACUAUAAGCUCUCCAUCGUGCGGCAGCGCGGCCGGGACUCCCACCGCGGCACCAACUCCCAAGGAAAUCGACGUCCAAGAGACUUUAAUAUCGGAAAACUUUCAGCUGUGUAAGACGGUGCGUCAUGGUUUCCCUUACCAACCCACUGCUUUGGCCUUUGACCCUGUGCAGAAGAUCCUGGCCAUCGGUUCACGAUCUGGUGGAGUGCGAAUAUUGGGACGACCUGGGGUGGACUGCUAUUGUCAGCAUGAGAGUGGAGCAGCUGUUCUUCAGCUGCAGUUUCUCAUCAAUGAGGGGGCGCUGGUCUCAGCAUGUGCAGAUGACACGCUACACUUGUGGAAUCUGCGCCAGAGGCGGCCGGCUAUCCUGCAUUCACUCAAAUUUAACAGAGAAAGGAUCACAUUUUGCCACCUGCCCUUUCAGAGUAAAUGGCUGUAUGUGGGGACGGAGCGUGGAAACACACACAUUGUCAACAUUGAGUCCUUUAUUUUGUCUGGAUACGUCAUCAUGUGGAACAAGGCCAUAGAACUGUGA